GUCUCAUUUAAAGGAGGGCCCCAGGUACUGGAAUCUUGAAAAAGUGACUUCACUUCCUUGGUGAUAGGCUUCAACAGAACUUAGAACUCUGGUAACCAGGUGCCCACAUUCUAGAGAUGGCCUGCUUUCCAGCUCACUUGCCCAGAGUCAUUCUAGAGAGCAAAAUGUUCUGUUGCUGUAUCCCCAUUUUCAGGAUAUGUGGGCUUAAGAAAGCCCAGAGUGAGAAACCUUUAUGUCACUGUAGACAUCAGCUCGGCCCUCAUCUCCGAAGCUGUUGGUCAUUUGGCAGGAGGCGCUCACAGAGCUUCACCCAGGAUAUCUUUGAGGAGCUGGUCCAUGGUUUCAACUACUGCAGCACCCUAGAUAAGUGUCAGGUGCAGAAGGAUACCAAGAAUCAGUGCUGCUCUGAGGAAUCAACCCUGUCCCUGGAUGAGGCCUGUACAAUGCUGAAGCUCAAGGAAGGCACAAUGGAAGAUAGUGUACAGUCCCUGCUACAAUCACCUUUCCAGGAUAGAAACACCUCAAACAUCACAACCAUUUUCUGCAUAUACCAGGUGUUCCCCAUGGCCCAAUUAGUCCUGGGACAGCAGUUCAAAAACACCCUCUCUCCCAUCUUGAGUACAUGGCCUGACCAGAAAUUGCAGGAUACCUGGCAGUCUCUGAAUUUUACCAGUUUCAAAGUAAAGACAGCCUAUGUGGAUAUGAAGCUGCAUGACUGGAACCUGAAGAACCACACCGCCCUUAUCCUGGUGCAUCAGGAAACUCUGGAGCCCACUGAGGCAGAGUCAGAUGUGCCAGCCCCAGGGCUCCUUCCAGUUGCAGAGCCAGAAAAGGGGUCUACUAUGGAACUAGAGACAGCACCAGUUAUGUUUCAACCAUCAUCUCAAGUGUCAGAGCCAGCAUCACCUCCAUCAGCUGUUCCAGAACUGGAACAAGUGUUAACAUCUUCUUCAGCAUAUGUGCCAGGUCCACAGCUACAAUCAGCUCAAUCAUCAGCUUUACUUAGAAUUUUAACUCCAGCUCUAAAAAUAGAGACAGAGCCAACUCCAGUGCCAGAGCCUUCCUGCCACUGGCAUGUAACCCCAAAGAACCAGCUGAAUGAGGAGAAGCCCAGCCUCAUGGACUUCCCUCCCAAGCUGGUGGCAGAGCAGCUAACGUACAUAGAUGCGGAGCUGUUCAAGAAGGUGCUGCCUCAUCAGUGCCUGGGCUCCAUCUGGUCCAAGCGGAAUAAACCUGGUAAUGAGCACCUGGCACCCACAGUCUGUGCUACCGUCACCCAAUUUAACAGUGUGGUCAACUGUGUCAUCACCACCUGCCUUGGAAACCCAAGAAUGAUAGCCCAGGACAGGGCCAUGGUGGUGGAGCACUGGAUAAAGGUGGCCAAGGCCUGUCAAAUCAUGAGGAACUACUCUUCACUGCAUGCCAUCCUCUCUGCUCUGCAGAGUGCCUCAAUUUACCGUCUGAAGAAGACAUGGGAGAGAGUUUCCAGGAAGAGCUUUCAAAAAUUUAAAAAGCUGUGCACUGAAGAUAACCCACAGAGAAGGGAACUGCUCCUGAAGGAGUGGCCAUCUAAAUGGGCCACCCUGAUGAUGAGCCUCCAGAGAGCCCAGAAAAGGCUGCAGAAGAAGGGUGUUGUCCCCUUCCUUGGCACUUUCCUCACUGACAUGGUGAUGCUGGACACUGCAAUGAAGGACUAUCUGAAGGGAGAUGAGAUCAACCAUAAGAAAAAAACUAAGGAAUACAAAGUAAUGAAAGAGAUCAUGCUCCUCCAGGUGGCUGCAGAUAACUACACUCUAGAACCGAAGGAGGAGUUUAGAGCCUGCUUCCAGGCUGUGGAGCGACUCAGUGAGGAUGAGAGCUACAUCCUGUCCUGCCAGCUGGAGCCCCAAUCCUAGCUGACCAGUGAAACUCAAGAACAAGAAGAAUUGGCCACAAUCAAGCUCAGGACUGAGUGAAUGUCCAGUGAUAGUGCAACCUUUCCUCAGCAGCUUGGACACUUGCUGUGAUGAACCCCAUCUCCUUGACACUUCUUCCUCCCAUCUAUUUACCUACUUGGAGUGGCAAUAUUUAUCUUAAAUAGUAAAAGCUAGAUUUGAAUAUUAUUAUAUUAAAGCCUUCUUUUAUAGCCCA